UGUGUGGGACAGGGGAGCCCCUGGCUUGAGGUUUGGGGCUUAGAAUAAGAAGGUGAACUCUUCCCAUGCUCACCUCCCUAGCCCUUCCUGACGUUUCUGGCUGACGCCUGAUUUCCCUGAAUGGACGGAGGGAGUGUUCCCAGCUUGGAGACGCCAGCUCUGCAGUUGAGGGACAAAGGGCCCCCGAUUCCAAAGGUGCUCGGAUGGAGAUGGCAAGUUCCUCUGGCUCCUGGCUGCCCAGCUGCCUCCUGGCCCUCGCGUUCCUCCUGCUGCCGGCGACCGUGUCAGGGCUCACCGGCGACCUGCACCUGGCCCCGCUAGGGGGCACGGCCAAGCUGCUCUGCCCGCUGGCCCUGUGGCCGGUCACCGUGCCCACCAUGGUGAGGUGGCUGCGGUCCCCACACCCUGACGGCUCCCAGCUCGUGCACGUGUUCCGGGACGGGAGAGACCAGGAGGAAGGCGUGACCCCCGAAUUCAAGGGGCGGACGGCGCUGCUCAGGGACCCCCAGGAGGGGAGCAUCACCCUGGAGAUCCGUCACGUCCGGCUGGAGGACCGAGGGCCCUACCGAUGCCAAGUCCAGGUCGGAAAUGUGACUCGAGAUGGCAGCGUGACCCUGCAGGUGGCAGUUCUAGGCUCUGACCCCUACAUCCACGUGAAGGGCUACGAUGCUGGCUGGAUCCAGCUGGUGUGCAGGUCGGAGGGAUGGUUCCCGAAGCCUUUGGCCCAGUGGAGAGACCCUCAAGGCAAGGCGCUUCAACUCGUGUGGGAUGCUGAUUCCCAGGAAGCCGGGCUCUUCCGGAUAGCGGUGUCCAGCAGAGUCAGGGACAGCACGGUCGGGAAUGUGUCCUGCUCCCUCCGCAACGUGGCCCUUGGCCAAGAGAAGACCACAGCCAUGGUCAUAGCAGCCCCAUCUCCAGGGAGGAUCUCCUCCUCAGCAGUGGCUCUUGCUGUGAUCCUGCCUGUCCUGGGGCUUCUCAUCAUGAUGGGCAUUUACCUCAUCUGGAAGCAAAGAAGAUCGAAAGAGAAACUUCUCUAUGAACAGGUGAUGGAGGUAGAAAAUCUUCUCUCAGACCACGCAAAAGAAAAAGGAAGGCUCCAUAAAGCCCUCAAGAAACUCCGGAGUGAACUGAAGUUGAAAAGAUCUGCGGCCAACUCAGGCUGGAGGAGGGCUCGGCUGCACUUCGUGGCAGUGACCCUGGACCCGGACACAGCACAUCCCAAACUCAUCCUAUCUGAGGACCAGAGAGGGGUGAAGCUUGGAGAUAAAAGGCAACCUGUGCCCGACGGCCCCCAGAGAUUUGACUUUGUCGUCAGCGUCCUGGGCGCUGAAUACUUCACGGCGGGCUGUCACUACUGGGAGGUGGACGUGGGAAACAAGACCAAAUGGGCCCUGGGGGUGUGUAGUGAGUCCGUGAGCAGGAAGGGGAAGGUCACUGCCACCCCCGCCAAUGGACACUGGCUAGUCCGCCAGAGUAGUGAGAACACGUACGAAGCUCUCACAUCCCCACAGACCCCCCUGCGCCUGAAGGAGCCCCCGAGGUGUGUGGGGAUCUUCCUGGACUAUGAAGCAGGUGUCAUUUCCUUCUACGAUGUGACCAACAGAUCUCACAUCUUUACUUUCACCCACACUUUCUCUGGCCCCCUUCGCCCUUUCUUCGAGCCCUGCCUUCACGAUGGAGGGAAAAAUACAGCGCCUCUAAUCAUCUGCUCAGAACUCCAGAAGUCAGAGCCACCGACUGGCCCCAAGCCAGAAGAAAAAGUCCACGCUAAUGGAGAUGUGGCCAUGACGGUGGACCCUUCCUUACUGCCCCCUCGGGCACCGGAGCCUUUCCCACCCGAGGAUAUGAUCCUGCCCUGGCCCUCUGACCUUGGCUCAGCCCUUCGGGGACUCAAGGUGCCUUCCUUUUAGGGUUGUACCUCAUUACCUGCUCCCCUGAUGGUCCGGUGCCCUGCCCUGGAUUUCAGUCUGCUGGCCCAAUACCUGAAACAUCUCAGCUCCUCUCCCCAAACCUGGACUUUGUGAUUUUGAUUCAAACCACCUUUCACCCAGGACUCAGUUCUAAGCUCUGCCGUCUUUCAAGGGACCUAAAGUUCCCAUUGCCCUGGAAGAAUUUUUGAAAGCCAAAUGAACAAUCAGAUUAGGUUUAGGUGGUGAUGAUGAAUGAGUGUCCCCAAGAUACAGGGGUUCUGCACUCGAGGAGCUGUUUAGAAGAACUUCACCUUCAAGUGCCUCAUCCUGCACUUAACCUUUUAGUCAUGAAGUUAUGGUGCCCAGUCCCCCACUUCUCUCCUAUGCCCUCCAGAAUGGCUUUUUUGCCCUCUUCUCAGUGCAGGCUUCUAGCUCCUAAAUCCAGCUUUAUAAAGUAAACAUGUUUGGGGUCACAUGCUCUUCCUUCUUUCUUCUGGAAUAAUGGGGGUGGGGAGGCUGGAGGGGUAAAACAUGCCAUUUGGGUCUACUUCCCUGAUGCUCGUUUACAAUGAAGUUUCCUGACAUCUAGAGCUAAAGUACAUGUUUUCAAAGUUAACUUACCUAUGGAUAAUUACCAGGUUCACGGAUUUUAAAUGUGAUAGCCACAAUCCUGACAGGCCUCAAGAGCACGAUCAGGGAGCUGGGGCACACAGCUUUAAACAUAGCAACCCAGCUGUGUGUGGCCUUGAAAAGACAGCCAUGGAUGAGUCUGUCUGUCUGUCUGUCCCUUUUGACUCUCCUCCUGGGAUUUAGAGAAGUCCAGUUUAACCAGCAAUGUAGAGGGUUUUUUUUUCCAUAAGACUAUUAUCCAGGAAGACUUGACUACUUGUGGGGCAAACAGCCUCUUAGGUCAGAAAGUAUUGAUUUCACAUAGGAAGUUGGUAGCCCACAUGUGAGGAUAAAGUGAAACCUUAAUUCUUUGGUGUGGAUUGCAGAAAGAAGCCUACUCACUUUUUUAAAAAAAAUAUUUUAUUUAUUCAUGAGAGACACACAGAAAGAGAGAGAGGCAGAGACACAGGCAGAGGGAGAAGCAGGCUCCCUGCGGGGAACCCGAUGCGGGACUCAAUCCCAGGACCCCAGAAUCACAACCUGAGCCGAAGGCAGACGCUGAACCACUGAACCACCCAGGCGUCCUGAAGCCUGCUCACUUUCAGGUCACUCCAUGUAUGCAAUCUGGCCUCUUUGUGGAGGUACUAGCUAUCAGUUUGCUGAUGAGUAUGCAGUUCUACCCAAUGGAAACUGGAUCUUUCUGUCAGAAGUUAGGGGUUUUUUUUUUGUUUUUUUUGUUUUUUUUUUUUAUGAUAGUCACAGAGAGAGAGAGAGAGAGGCAGAGACACAGGCAGAGGGAGAAGCAGGCUCCAUGCACCGGGAGCCCGACGUGGGAUUCGAUCCCGGGUCUACAGGAUCACGCCCUGGGCCAAAGGCAGGCGCUAAACCUCUGCGCCACCCAGGGAUCCCCUUUAUUUUUUUGGGGGGGGGGGUUUCUGUUAAUGCGUGUAAUAAUAGUUAGAGUCCUCCUGAGCAAUAUAUAUUUGUUAUAUUUAUAGGUACAAAGAGAUUUAUUAUAAGGAAUUGGCUCACACAAUUAUGGAGGCUAGCAUGUCCCAAGAUCUGCAGGGUUAGUCAGCAAGUUGGAGAUGCAGAGGAGCCAAUAGUGUAGUUCCAGUUUGAAGGCUGACAGGCUUGAGACCCAGGAAGAAUCAAUAGUUCCAUUUGAGUCUGAAGGUAGGAAAAAAAAGUCGAUGUCCAGGCUAAAGACUGUCAGGAAAGAAGAAUUCUUUCAUACUAGAGGGAAGGGUUGCUUUUUGGGUCUAUUCAGGCCUUCUGCUGGUUGGUUGGAGCCCACCCACAUUAGGGAGAGCAAUCUGCUUUACUCAUUCUACCAAUUCAAAAGUCAGUCUCAUCCCCAAACACCCUUACAGAAAGUCAGAAUAACAUCUGACCAAAUGUCUGGGCUCCCUGUAGCCUGGUCAAGCUGAUAUAUAGCUUUAACUAUCACAAUGCGCGGGUAAAAUUUUUUGUGUGCUUUUGUACAGCUCUUAAAUAAAAGUUUGGUAUUUGU